ACAGCUUUGUCGCCUGAUAAAGUGUACCUCACUGAGAGCAGUCAGCCCGCCCAGGCUCGGGGGUUCCAGACGCCAUGGAUAGAACAGCACCUGUCCAGUAGGGCUGUACACAAGAUUACAGUUGGCCUCGGCUUCUAUGGGCCAAGUGGGUCAAAGGGAGAUGAGAAAAGCAUUUUGGCCAAGAGUGGUGGUGAAUGCCUUAAGGUGAGGGAGAUGUGCUUAGGUUCCAUGUAAAUCCUGCCCCAGUUUAACGAAGGGAUGGAUGUAAGCGUCUGUGAUAUGGGGGCCCACGGUGUCCUGGAACUCGGGUCCCUGGAUACAGGGAGAUGACUGCACUUCGUCCAGUAAAAAAAAGUUUAGGGAGGAUGGACAGGGUCCUCCCUGUAGCCCGAAGCUGGCCUGGAACGCAAGGCGAUCCACCUGCUACAGCCUCCAGAGUGCUGGGGCGACCUCGCGAGGGCGCUGCAUGGCCUCUGUGACCCGCCAGCGCCCCCCUCCGAGAGCCCCCCCCCAGGUCAGGGCCGGAUUAGCGGUCCUGAGCCGGGUCCUGAGCCAGCUUCGCGGCGGCUGGGCCAUGGCGUCACUGUUCUCGGAUAGCGUCCUGAUCCGCAACAACAGCGAGCAGGACUUGCUGGAGACCGAGGCCGAGCGUGGCCGCCGGCUGGAGAACCGGCUGGUGCUGCUGUUCUUCGGCGCGAGGGGCUGCGCGCGGUGCCAGGCCUUCGCGCCCGCACUGCGCGACUUCUUCGUGCGCCUCACGGACGAGUUCUACGUGGUGCGCGCCGCGCAGCUGGCCCUGGUGUACGUGUCGCAGGACCCCACGGCGGAGCAGCAGGCCCUGUUCCUCAGGGACAUGCCCGAGUGCUGGCUGUUCCUGCCCUUCGAGGACGACCUACGCAGGGACCUGGGCCGCCGCUUCUCCGUGCAGCGCCUGCCGGCCGUGGUGGUCCUCAAGCCCGACGGGGACGUGCUCACGCGCGACGCGGCCGAUGAGAUCCAGCGCCUGGGUCCCGCCUGCUUCGCCAACUGGCAGGAGGCGGCCGAGGUCCUGGACCGCAGCUUCCUGCCGCCGGAGGACCUGGAUGAGCCCCCGCCACGCAGCCUUACUGAGCCGCUGCGCCGCUGCAAGUACCGCGUAGACCUGGAAGCCCGGAAGCCUCAGGGCCCUGGAGGCGGGGCCGGGGAGGAGGGCGGGGCCGGGACGGGGGGCGGGGCAGAGGCGCUGUUCUGA